UCCACCGUGUCGUCAGUUCCGUAAAGCGAUCCUCCUGGCUUCAUUAAAGACAAGGUAGAGGAUUAUUUACGAAGAGUCAGAGGACAAACACAGUUAAAACAAGCCUUUACGUUACUUUGCCAUUUAAAUAUUGUUAAACACAGCGCCGCGUUGUUUCCCACGGACGCCUUUUCCCGUGGACUGACCAAAGACACACCAGUCUCCUCUUAGCCGCGCAUGAACUGGGAUGCACUGCCGUUAGCCUGUUAUUAGCUUGCUCGCUAGCUUCCAGAACAGCUCUGUUUGUACGACGGGACCAAGCGCACCAUAUAGUGCAUUAUGACAGACAGCAUCAUGAGUAAAGCUGCCACAAUGGAGAUUCCGAUCAACAGCAAUGGUGACACGGGGACGCUACCAGAGGACGACAGCCUUGAACAGGCUGCAAAACUGCAAUGGAGCUUAGAUGAGAAGGUAGGGAGCUCCAGAGGCAACAGGGACCUACAGCAGGUGAUGGUAUCAGGUCCCAAUCUCAACGAGACUAGCAUCGUAUCUGGGGGUUAUGGAGGAACAGCAGAGGGUAUCAUCCCCACCAGCUCAAUCAAAGACCUGCGUACGAAGGCCAGACGAAGUAACGUUUCCCCAAGCAGUUCUUUCUUCUGCCACACAGCAAGCCAAUCAAAUGAGCACCAAGGAUCCAACAUGCACCACAGCAGCAGCAGCUCGUCGAUGACGGCAGAGGAAACGACCCGCGGUGUGGCUGUGGAAAAACUAGAAACAAUGAAGAAGUGGGGUCUCAACACUUAUAAGUGUACAAAACAGAUGAUCUCAGAGCGUUUCGGUCGGGGUUCGCGGACCGUGGACCUGGAGCUGGAGGCCCAGAUUGAGGUGCUGCGAGACACUAAAAGGAAAUAUGAGAAUGUGCUGCGAUUGGCCCGAGCGCUCACCAACCACUUCUACAACAUGGUGCAGACGCAGCACGCGCUGGGCGACACCUUCGCUGACCUCAGUCAGAAAUCUCCAGAGCUACGGGAUGAGUUUGGCUACAAUGCAGAGACUCAGAAGUUACUGUGUAAGAAUGGGGAGACUCUACUUGGUGCCAUUAACUUCUUUGUGUCCAGCAUCAACACACUGGUCAACAAGACCAUGGAGGACACCCUGAUGACAAUCAAGAUGUAUGAAAAUGCCCGGCUGGAGUUUGAUGCCUACCGGUCAGACCUGGAGGAGCUGAGUAUGGGCCCGAGGGACGCUGUAGCCAUGGCCCGCAUAGAUGCUGCUCAGCAACAGUACCAAGUCCAGAAGGACAAGUAUGAACGGCUCCGCUCAGACGUCACCAUCAAACUCAAGUUCCUGGAGGAGAAUAAGGUGAAGGUGAUGCAUAAGCAGCUGCUCCUCUUCCAUAACGCCAUCUCGGCGUACUUUGCUGGCAACCAGCAGCAGCUGGAGCAGACGCUGAAGCAGUUCAACAUAAAGUUGAGGCCCCCAGGGGCCGACAAGCCCUCCUGGUUAGAGGAGCAGUGAGAGGGUCUGCUGGACCUCCUGCAGCCUCCUUCUCGACCACCUCCACCUGUUACCUGUUUAAACCCCCUACUUACAGAGGACCACUACGGAGGGCGACACAUACAGAUAAUUGGGUGGAUGAAGAGAUGAGAUGAGCAUGUGGCUGGACUGGACAGAUGGAUUGCAGGGUAUUAUUGAUGAAUGGGCUAAACGCAGCAGGAAACCAAGUGGCCAGUUUCAUGAACAGUCUGGGGGCUUUUAGUGCCUCUUCCCAACUUCCUUUUUGUCCACUCUUUCUCUUUGUUCUUUGUUCCCAGAGAAACUGUUCAUCUCUCCCUUCCCUCUCUCCUGUUCGACUCGACCCCCUUCUAUCUCAACACUAUUUUGCCGUGUGAGCUUGUACUCGUCAUGUUCAUGGCCAUUACUGUGCUCCCAGAGUUAGAAUUCAACCCCACACACACACACACACACACACACACACACACACACACAUCUUAAUGAACACAGACAGGUGAGAAAAGGAAGAAUGGUAAAAAACCAUUAAAACACACUCAAAUGUGACCAAACACUACAUCAAAACUCUUCCAGACCUUACCGCUCUCCUGGUGUGCCUCCUUAUAUAUGAGCUAAUGUACUAAAUGAACACGUGGCCUCGGGCGAAGAAAGAUAAGUUCAGAAACGGAUUUCAAACCACACAUGAAGGGGAUUUGUAUGGUACACUGGAAAGGAAUGUCCAGACAUUUCAAAUCGAUGUACAUUUCAAAUUAAGUACUGUUUCACUUUUGCAAUAAAUAUGCGAUUGUUUGUAGGUUCUAAAAAACACAAUGUUGUGUUUAGUUUUUGCUUGAUUUGACUGCCACGUCUUUUAUUUUGUAAUUAUUUCGUUUCUAGUCAGCUGUAUGUUCUAUGCUUCAGAGUGAAGGGCAGUGUACUGUUUGGGCAAACGUGUGCUGGUGGCUUAGACUGCAGCCACCGCCGCGCUUCAUCUGUAAUCAGCAGAAAUGCUACAAGUUUCAGUCGUACCCUGAAAAUCCUUCAACGCGUAUAUGCAACGAUUGUUUUAAGGCACACUGCCACUUCCCAAAGUUAUACUAGCUCUGGUCUUUGCUCAUUGUGUUUUAUUUGCCCAAAGAGAAUACAAAGAGAUGCUUAUUGGUUUUCACAUCGGUCCGUUCAGUCCCACCGACUUGGAUGGAUUUAGUCAGUCAUUUGUUUAACCAACUGUAUUCGAAAGGGUUUGAUUACAUUUUGUUUUCACGUUGAUUCAUUGAAAUGUGUUUUUGUCUUAAGUUCUGUCUUUUUAAAGUUAACAAGGACAUAUCAUCGACAUCAAGGGUCAUACUGUAUGUCAGCCCUCCUAAAACAGGAUAUAUUUGUCUAUGGUUACCUUUCUUCACACUGAAGAUGUCUGUAGCGCUCUAAUAUUACUAAUCCUAAUAUUUUGGCAUAAAAUCUUGUAAAUUAGUCAUUGGGGAAUGGGAUAACACUGAUGAUUGAUCAUUUGUUUUAUUUCCAUCUGAAACGACGUCUUGGUAUGAUAGUAGUAAACAAUCAUCCAUUCUUGCCAGUUAAGAGAAGGAAGUAACUACUACCUGUGUAACAUUGAAUUGUUAUUCGUCACUGUAUUUAUUAUGUUCAUUGUGUGUGUUAAUCUGUUGGAAUCAACAUACUGUACAAUGAAACCUCUGAUAUCUGCAAAUUACGACUUGACGAGUGUGACAUUUAUAGCAUAUUGCAGGAGACACACUAACCUAAAAACAUGCAUCAGGAUAACCAAAUCUGGAAUUGAUUUACUCCAAAAAACAAACUGAUAGAAAGUGUUUUACUUUGUGAGUCCUGAAGAUAAUCCAGUGUACUGAAUGUUUCACCAUGCUGAAUUUAACUCCCGAGAGCCUCUAGUAACAGAAGGGAGAGCUCUGUCAGAUAAUGGUCCUCCAGCUUCUUGUCUCCUCUGUAUUUGCAUGGCAGGCAGGGAUCCAGAGCCAACCUGCAGAUAUCUGUGGAUGCGCCGAUGCUCUGCUCUUGGCCUUCUACAUGCCAGCUCGCAUGCACUGGCCAUGCUUAUGAUUUCAAUUUUGAAACUGGCUGAGGCAGAAUCCAAAACUUUUAAUGCUGCACUCCGGAAGACAAUGAUGAAAGGAGGUGGAUUUGAUGAAAAGACACAAAAACAGCAAACAUGGAUGCUAUGAUUUGUUUGGCUUGUGUUUUCUGAAUAAUGUGUCAGUGUGUCAAACGGGUGUAUCUUAAUUCAGGCUGACAGUCACUAAGACCUUGGCCUCACUUGUGGCUACAAUUGCAGUGUCACUGGCCAGCUCCUGGUCUGUUUGACCACCACACAGCAAUAUUAACUAAAUGUGACUCCUCUUUCCAAACCCUGCCCCUCUGAAAUUCCUAACCCCAACACCAAGAUGAAUGGCAAUAGGAUUUUUUCUUUUGUUGUUGUUCCGUAGUUGUGAAACCUCCAGUAAAUUAAAAAAAAAAAGUGUGACACGCAUUUAAAAGUCACUCUUACUAGCAGUCUUUGCAUUG